CCAAAAUUACACAUUAAUAUCUAGCAGUAGGCCUAUUUUUAAAAAGAAAUACUAUUAUCCAGUGACUUCCCAGAUUCACAGACAGUUAUAAACAACGGAUACAACAGAAUUCAACUUACUGCAGCAAACUUUAAACAGGCUACAAAGAGGUUUGAAACAAGUUUUGGCAUACUACGAAUGAAACUUGCAUACUUUGGUCUUUGGAAAUACACAACGUUUUUGGUUACACACACAAAUAUAUAUCUACAUAUUUAUUAAAUAAUUUUUAUAACAUCAGCAUGGCAACUUAUAAUUGUACAUGCAUAAAUAUAACAUCUGUAUCCUGACUUACUAACACACCAAAUUCUGCGCUAUUUAAAUGUUAAAAACAAGCCUCUUUUCUCACAGUUUGUCUGAGAGAAUAACCUGUAUUGGUCCUCGCUCCGUUGCCGUGCCCCUUUCAGUGUCUCACGUUUCAGAGGUGCCGCAGAACUCAUAGCUCCGUUGGAAGAAGGGGGUCGUGUUUGUUAAGGCCCACAGCUGGCCAAUGAGCGCGGUGCUGUGAGAAGAGAACACGUCCGUCAACCCCUCUCACCCAAUGGAGGUCGCCCGGGGGCGGAGCUCAGGUGCGCGCCGCUGUGUCCACUUGGCAAAGCGCCUGGGAGACGCCUGUGGCAAAAGAGUAACUGUCAAAUGCAAGGUUUCUGUAAUAAGAGCGAUCAGUCCGGCUCCGAGAGUCAUGGCGACCACAGCAUCCAAUCAUUACAACAUUCUCACCUCCAGCGCCUCUAUUGUGCACUCGGAGUCCGGGAGCAUGCAGCAAGCCACGGCGUACAGGGACGCGCAAACCCUGUUGCAAACUGACUACUCACUGCAGAGCAACAGUCACCCGCUCAGCCACGCGCACCAGUGGAUCACGGCGCUGUCGCACGGAGAAGGGGCUCCGUGGUCGACCAGUCCGCUCGGCGAGCAGGACAUUAAACCCGCGGUGCAGACCACUAGGGACGAGAUGCACAACUCCAGCAACCUCCAGCAUCAGUCGCGGCCGCCCCAUCUGGUCCACCAGACGCACGGGAAUCACCACGACGCCAGGGCAUGGAGAACGACCACGGCGGCGCACAUACCGAGCAUGGCAACAUCCAACGGACAGAGCCUCAUCUACUCGCAGCCGGGAUUCAACGUCAAUGGACUAAUCCCGGGAAGCGGACAGGGGAUGCAUCAUCACAACAUGCGCGACGCACACGAGGACCACCACAGCCCGCACCUCAGCGACCACGGCCACCAGCCGUCCCAGCACCAGCAGCACCAGCACCAGAGCCACCACGACCACUCGGAUGAGGAUACGCCGACCUCCGACGACUUGGAGCAGUUCGCCAAGCAGUUCAAGCAGCGGAGGAUCAAGCUGGGCUUCACGCAGGCAGACGUAGGACUCGCUUUGGGAACGCUCUAUGGAAAUGUGUUUUCCCAGACCACGAUAUGUCGGUUUGAGGCCCUGCAACUAAGCUUCAAAAACAUGUGUAAGCUCAAGCCUUUGUUGAACAAGUGGUUGGAGGAGGCCGAUUCAACCUCGGGGAGCCCCACGAGCUUAGACAAAAUCGCAGCACAGGGGAGAAAGAGGAAAAAGCGAACCUCGAUCGAGGUAACGGUCAAGGGUGCUUUGGAGAGUCAUUUCUUGAAGUGCCCCAAACCAGCAGCGUCUGAAAUAGUUUCGUUGGCGGACAGUCUGCAGCUGGAGAAGGAGGUAGUAAGGGUUUGGUUUUGUAACAGAAGACAGAAAGAGAAGAGGAUGACUCCUCCUGGAGGACAGAUCCCAGGAACCGAGGAUGUGUACGGGGACACACCACCACACCGUGGGGUCCAGACACCGGUACAAUGAACAAAGGAGGAUCACUCUUGCUUUUUUCUGACUGUCUCGGUUUUUAUUUAUACCUGAAAAUGUCCAGUCCAGCACGGAACUAUCCAGAGGAUAGCAGGUGUCUAGGAGGGAGCACACGUUAGCCUAUCAGCCCUUAACAAUAUCAACAGCGCGCAUAGCGUUAGCGAAAGGGAAGGUGGGUUUUCCUCAAGAGCAGGGGGGCGAAUGUUUUUGUAAAAAUAUACCCAGCACUGUGACAUCGCAGUUUCUAGGUGUAAACCUUUUUGUGAUGGGGAGAGCCGUCAAAGUGGAAAGCAUCAUUUUUAGAGCGUACAUUGUGGUCCAUCUACUGCCUAUACUGUUUACACAUUUGACUUUUGUAGUGUAUGCAUACGGCUGCAUUAUCAUUGCAUUGUUUUGUACAGGACUGCUUGUCCUACGUGAAAAGUGUCAAGAGCUGCUGCAUUCGAUAUCAGAACGCCAUUUUGACAGCUGCUGAGAGGAACUGUAGUUGAGCAUCAGGCGUAGGUUUUCACUCAAUCAGUCGUCAACAUUAGUGAUCUUGAGUAGGCCUACAAACGCUCAGUUAAGAGGGGCUUUGAAACAGAAAACUAUUAUUUUCAUUAUUAUUAUUACUAUUAUUAUUAUUAUUAUUAUUAUUAUUAUUAUUAUUAGCUGGAACACUGUAGGCCCACCAGGUCAUUCUCUGCAGAUCAUAGAUUACAAUAUGGCAGAUGCUUAGAUUCGGUGCAAAUUAAAAGGAAUUAUUUAAGACUUAAGUCAUGCAAUUGCAAAUAUCAACCCUUUUUUAGUUGUCUGAUAUCAGUUCACGCGCUUCUUAAAACACAAAGGCUGCCACCGCCAAGCUCUGCGCCACGCGCCAGCGGUUCGCGGACAGGUCACGGAAGGGCUACGUGGCGACGGAAAUCUGACACUUCCCUCAAGCGACAAAAUAUUACCGCAUAGAUGUUCCUGAACAGCAGAACAUAGAUCAAGUUUGUAAAUAUUGUAUAAUUUAAACAGACAUGGUUUCGUUAUUUCUCACUGGGGCACUUUUUUUCUUUAAAUGAUUUAAAAACAAAACAGGUUUUAGCUGUUCGAUUAUUUUUUUAUUCAAAUUGAUUUGACAUAAUUUUGUAUUGGGCUCUAGUACAUUCUAUUUUUUAUUUAUAGUACAUUGUAGCGACAAUAUUGCUCGUUAUUUGUAGUGUGUUACAGUUGCUUCUUGGCUACAUUUGCUUUAAUUUCAUCUUUAAUUAUUUUCCAGUGGCUUCGCACACCCAGCACUAUCUUGCCAAACCAACUCCGUUUUUUUCGAUUCUUUCCUUUAAAAUUAAUUGGAAAAAAUGUACUUCAGCUCCUGACUUGCAGACAAAUAUUUAUUUUUUUCUGCAACAGAUUUUUAAUUUAUCUUGUAGGCUGUUUUAUUCUUUCUCUCUAUCUCUCUCUCUCCCUCUCUCUUUCUCUCUCUCUUUUCAAAUGGAAAGAUAUUUAAAAACAUUUUAUAUUUACGUCUGAACUAGAAAGCAUAUUAUAUGAAAUGUUGGCACCACCACCUAUUAUUAUUAUUAAUAUU